AUUUGGAUUGUGCCUCCGCGGCCGCCGUAGUUGUUGUGGCUGUAGUGAACGUGCUAACUAGAAGCUAGCUUAAACAAUGGCUGAAUAUUCUCGCGUAAAAACAACCAAACUGGUCUUAAAAGGUCUUAACAAAGGGAAAAAGAGGAAGCACAAAGAUAAGAACAAAAACUCAGCAAAUGAAGAACAAAAAGCUGAUGUUGUUGCUGGUUGGUGGUCUAUCAACGGCUUGGGGGAAAUCUCUGGAACAGUUGCCAUAGAGAUGCAGAACAACUCAUACAUCCACGCCAUGGAUAGCGGGCUCUUCACACUCGGUGCUCCACACAAAGAUGAUGAAGGACCGGACCCUCCAGAACAGUUUACUGCCAUCAAGCUCUCUGACAACAGGAUAGCCCUAAAGUCUGGAUACGGCAAGUACCUGGGGAUCAACUCUGAAGGUCUGGUCGUUGGGCGCUCUGACGCCAUUGGGUCCAGGGAACAAUGGGAGCCGGUCUUCCAGGAGGGCAAAAUGGCUCUCCUGGCAGCAAAUAGCUGUUUCAUCUCCUACAGUGACAGUGGGGACAUCGUGGCCAAGAGCAAGACAGCAGGGGAUGGCGAGAUGGUGAAGAUCAGAUCAAGUGCGGAACGAGAGGUCAAGCGUAAAGAUGACAUCGCAGAAGAGGACCGGGGCAACGUGAAGUCCUGCGAGGUCAAUUAUGUGAAGAAGUUUCAGAGUUUUCAAGAUCGGCGGCUCAGGAUUAACGAGGAAGACUCCUCCACGCUAAAGAAAGCCAGAACGGACGGGAAGUUUCACGAAACUCUGCUUGACAGGAGAAGCAAAAUGAAAGCGGACAGGUACUGCAAGUGAAGCCUCAGCUGUCCACAUCACUGCCAUGUCUUCGGAUAUUUCUUGAUUUUUAUAGAUUUGACCAUUUUAUCUGACAUUACUGUACUUUUUCUGUUUGUUUUUGAUAUUUUUAAUAAAACGGUCAAUAUG